UCAAUUGCACUUGUGCACCCGACAACUCGAGGACAAUGAAGAUUGCUUGCAGUGUAGCGUUGGUGGUCAUGGCGGGAUCUCCUCACGGAGGUGCUGGCUUCCACGCUGGCACGGCUCGGACGGGAAACAUGCGUUCCCACCGGAUCAUGCGCAUGGCAGCAGGCAAGUGGGAGCCGAGCGGAGCCAAGUGGGCGCCGCCGCGUGCGGACCCGCAACCCCAAGUGUCGCACCCGGGCGCGCCCGCCCGAGUAUCGCACCCGGGCGCGCCGCCCCACGUGUCGAACCCCGCGCAGGUGUCGAAUCCCGCGCACGUGUCCACUCCCGCGCAAGUGUCAAAUCCUGCCCAAGUGUCGUCUCCGACCCAAGUAUCAUCUCCGACCCAAGUAUCAUCUCCCGCGCAAGUGUCGUAUCCUGGCCAAGUGUCUCAGCCGGCGUCGCCGGCCGCGCCGACACCGCCGCCGCCGAUGGCUGGUGGGGGUGGGGGUGGGGGCGCGGGAGCCGGCGCCGGGUUCGCUGCGGCGUUUUCGAUGGUGGAGCAAGCGCUAGAGCUCUCCCCGCUCGACCACGCGGAGGCGAUGGGGCUGGAAACUUGGGAGGCCGCGGGAAGCAGCGGCACGAUCGCGGGGUUCAAGGGGAGGAAGGUCGACUGGGUGUCCCACUGCACCAUCAACGAGCCUGACGGUAGCACUCGCGAGUGCCUGCGGGCGUGGGUCAUGCCGAUGUUUGACGUGCCUCACCUCUCCAUCACUCUCGGGAGUGGCCCUAACGGUCUCACGGCGGAGAUGGACCUGGUCGCCAAAGAUGACGUCAUGUACGCCAAGGCUUACCGCGAGCAGUACUACGGCGGGCCGACGACGGCAUGGUGGGACGCGAUCAUGCAGAACCCGAACGUGGUCCCGGCUAAGGCUUCCUCGACGACGCGGCGGAGAUCGCCCGCGUCCGAAGGGGCACCAUGCUUAGCCGGGACAGCGAAGUGCGCCGCACCUGGUGGGCGGUGA